UCUACAUCCUUCCUCUUCAGUCGUUUCAUUUCUCACUGGGUUCCCUCAAAACCACCUUCAAAUUCAUUCAGAGGUCAAUCAAAAUCUAAGAGACCAGCUUCGACUCAAGCUUUGUUAUUUCGCACGCCUUUCUCUUCAGAAACGCGAACAUGUGUUCGAACUGGACCAACUCGUCUUGUAUAACUGCUGAUCUCGAACCUUCUAACCGGUUCCAGGCGUCGGCCGUGGUGUAUGGCCUGGUUCUGGCAGUGGGUCUACCGCUCAAUACGCUGUCCCUGUGGAUCCUGCUGCGCUCUCACGGGUUACGGUCACCGUGCGCCGUGCUCAUGGUGAACCUCGCCGUGUCCGACCUGCUCCUCGCGCUCUCCCUGCCGCUGCGCGUCUACUUUUACGCAACGCUCCAGUGGCCGUUUGGAGCUGCCACAUGCACCGCUGCUUUAAUGUUGUUUCGCGUGAACAUCAGAACGAGCUGUAUCUUCAUCACUUUAAUCAGCGUGGACCGGAUGAUCGCCCUCGUCUUCCCUCUGCGCUCCCGGUCUUUGAGAACCUCCGGGUGCGCGCUGAAGUGCUGCGCGGUCGUGUGGAUCCUCCUCACUACCCUCUGCAUCCCAGAGAUUGGAAGACUCUAUGACGCCCUGAAGGGGUGUCCAAAAAUACCGUGCUUUGAGAUUCAAGUGCACUCCAAAAGCUCGCAUGUCGUCUCGAUCUCACAGGCGAUAUUUUUAUUAGUACUCCUUAUGGUCAACAUCGUCUCCACGGCCGUGGUCGUAAUCGUUCUGAGGAAGCGUCCCAGCGCUGGAGCGGCCAAGGUGAACAACAAAAUGAACGUGAUAAUGAUUUUUAUAGUCAACAUGUUGGUGUUUGUGAUAUUUUUCUUGCCGUUUACUUUACAUCUCUUGACGUACACUGAGAACGAUUGCGGGGAGUCUUUACUCGCGCUCGUGUGCUUGGCGAGUGUCAACUGCUGUCUGGAUCCGCUCAUCUACUACUUCUCUCUGGACUCGUUCUGGCAGGACAAGGGGAAAAGACAAACGGAAGCAGGCACUCAUUCUCUCAGCAGGUCGAUGGAAAUGUCUUAACAGUUAGGAUAAACAACGGAGCCCACAAUAGGGCAUUGAGAUGGAUGAAGAUGGAAGGAAAGUGAUAUUACAAUGUUUUUGAGCUCUUUCGCAAAAAAAACAAACAAAAAAAAGCAUUUCGUUCCACUGGGAAAAAAUGCGCUUGCUCGCAAAAGUAUUGAAUAAGAGUGAAUUGCGGGCAAAUUGGGACACUUUUGAGAGGACUGUAGACCUGUAGUCUUUCUCCGACGUUCUUUUGUUUCCCU